AAAGAAUUUCUGCUACAGCUGAUUCGGUCGCCAUCUUUGUCGCGAACAUAAACAACACCAGUGAGUCUCGCUGUCGUUUGGAUGUAUCGCUGUUCGGGAGAAAGCGACAACAGUCUCUCCGCCGCAGCGAAGACACUUCCAGACGAAGAUGACCGUUGAUUUGGUCACCUGAGCCGCCGUGUCAGCCGGAGAUGGGGAUCCGAGGUGGAUUUCCUCAACGGGAGGGAGCGGAGGUUUAAGCGGGGGGCGGGGAGGGCAGCAGAGGGGCCUUGCUGCCCGGCAGCCCUGAGGAGAUGGACCAAGAGUACGAGAGACGGCUGCUGAGGCAAAUCAACCACCAGAACCUGCCGACAGAGGCCCGCCUGUCAAAGUGUGUGAGUGCUACCUGCAGUCCUGUCAGUGUGAAGUCAGGGGACCGCUUCAUUCCCACACGUGCUGGAAGCAACUGGAGCAUCAACUUCCACUAUGCCAAUGAGAACUGUCGCUCCCCAAGUCAGAACCAUAAAGCAAAGGAUGCCAGUUCAGACUCAAGCAAAGAUGCUGUGGCGUAUGCUGCCCUGUUGAGGAAUGAGUUACUGGGGGCAGGGAUAGAGACUGUGCCAGACCCUCACACAGAUGACCGGCGGCACGCAGUCCUCUCUCAAGACUCUCACAGCCUUUUUAGGUACACUGUCCACACGAAGAGAGUGCCUUUCGAUAGCGAUAACGAAGUCUCACCCUACUCCCUUUCUCCACUUAGUAACAAGAGUCACAAGCUGCUCCGCUCCCCUCGUAAACCAGCCCGUAAGAUCUCCAAGAUCCCGUUCAAAGUGCUGGACGCUCCAGAGCUGCAGGAUGACUUUUACCUCAACCUGGUAGACUGGUCAGCGGGCAACUUGCUCAGUGUCGGCCUGGGAGCCUGCGUCUACCUGUGGAGUGCCUGCACCAGCCAGGUGACAAGGUUAUGCGACCUUUCAGUGGAUGGGGACUCGGUUACAUCCGUUUGUUGGAAUGAGAGGGGGAGUCUUGUUGCUGUCGGAACCCACAAGGGUUACGUUCAGAUCUGGGACGCAGCAGGAGGGAGGAAGCUGACCAGCCUGGAGGGUCACUCAGCACGUGUAGGUGCCCUGGCGUGGAAUGGAGAGCAGCUGUCGUCAGGGAGUCGGGACCGAGUGAUCCUACAACGAGACGUCAGAACCCCCCCUUCAGCUGAGAGGAGGCUCCAAGGUCACAGACAAGAAGUGUGUGGUCUCAAAUGGUCUCCUGACCACCAACACCUUGCGUCCGGGGGCAACGACAACAAGUUGCUGGUGUGGAACAGCUCCAGCCUUCUCCCUGUGCAGCAGUACAGCGACCACCUGGCAGCAGUGAAGGCCAUCGCCUGGUCCCCCCACCAACACGGCCUGCUGGCAUCGGGUGGCGGCACCGCUGACCGCUGCCUGCGCUUCUGGAACACACUGACAGGUCAGGCGCUGCAGAGCACAGACACCGGCUCCCAAGUCUGCAACCUGGCAUGGUCCAAACACGCCAACGAAUUGGUGAGCACUCACGGCUACUCUCAGAACCAGAUCCUGGUGUGGAAGUAUCCGUCACUAACACAGGUGGCCAAGUUAACAGGACACUCCUACAGAGUGCUGUAUCUGGCUGUGUCACCAGAUGGGGAGGCCAUAGUUACAGGAGCAGGGGAUGAGACACUACGUUUCUGGAAUGUCUUCAGUAAGACACGCUGCACCAAGGAAUCAAAGUCAGUGCUGAACCUCUUCACAAGGAUACGAUAGUGAAAAGCCCUGGUCAGAACUGGUUUCUGGAGGAGCCUACUGAGCUGUGGUUGAAAUGCACAGUCACCAUCGACACUCACAGACUAGCCCUUAGAGCCCUCUCAUCUCAGUGCACCAAUCACCACUACGACAGUCCUCCUCAAAUCCACGUUUUCUACAGAGGAUGCAGUCACAACUUUUAACAACUGCCAUCCCUCACAGUGACAUCACUGAUUAAAAAAACUGUCAGGACAUGUUGUCUGCUUAAAUAAGUCGGUCUUGUUAUCUUUUUCUGUUGUGGAAGUGAUUAAAUUGUUUUUAUUAUAUAUUAGCAGAAGUAUACAUGUACAAGAGUUCUAAACUAUAUAAUGUAACGACGUCACAUUUUUAAAAGGCUCUCCUUUGUAACUGAGAGAAGAAGCCUGGCUCGAGUGUGUGUGUGUGUGUGUGUGUG